GUAAAUUAUGGAUCCAUAGUCUACCACUCAUAACAGUGUGGGAAGGUAAAUUACCAAUCCGGUAGCGCACCCUCAGUGGCGAAAAACCUAUCCAAAAGGCUGGGAGGAGAGAUCUAAAACCCAGAAUUUUCAUCCCAUCAUAUUUUCUGAAAAUCGGUCCACUCAACCUCCUUCUCCCCAUACUUAAUCUACCUUGCUAUUCAAAAUGCCCCCACCAAUAAACACGGACCAGCUAACCAACCAAAUCGAUCACCGUGUGUUCCGGAUCCGUGAGAAUGGAGGCCCCGCAAACGAUAUCGUGCCGACCGAAUCUACCACUAAUCAGCGAAGGCGGACGUCCAUUGCUUUGGCUCUUGGCGAUGCGCACCCCCGCGCAGAACUGGAGGCUUCGAGACGGCAGUUCGUUGAUUAUGACGGAUUGUCGUGGCCGAGUUCGGGCACGAGGGAAAGGUUAGAAGCUACGCCAGCCGAGGCGGAAGCUAGGCUUGAGAAGUUGUCUGGGGCAAUUAGGACGAUACUAGAAUGUAUUGGCGAAGACCCCGACCGCGAGGGUCUCCUAGAGACACCCUCCCGAUACGCAAAAGCGAUGCUAUACUUCACGAAAGGUUACGAGGAGAACCUCAAGCUAAUCAUCAAUAACGCCGUUUUCCGGGAAGACCACGACGAAAUGGUAAUAGUCAAAGACAUUGAAAUCUACUCCAUGUGCGAACACCACCUGGUCCCUUUCACCGGGAAGAUGCACAUCGGCUACAUUCCACGGGGCAAAGUUCUAGGCCUCUCCAAGUUCGCUCGUAUAGCGGAGAUGUUUGCCCGACGCUUGCAGCUACAAGAGCGCCUAACGAAGCAGGUUGCUGUGGCGAUCGAGGAGAUUUUGGAACCCCUGGGAGUCGCGGUGGUCAUGGAGAGUGCACACUUGUGCAUGGUCAUGAGGGGCAUAGAGAAGACGACGGCUACUACAACCACUAGUUCUAUGCUUGGGUGCUUUAGGAAGAGGACUAGGACCAGGGAGGAAUUUCUGAGACUGGCGUUGAAUAGUACGAGAUAGGUGUUUGGUCAUUUCUUUCAUUUUUUUCACCUGGUUUUUUCUGUUUACAUGGGAUUUUGCUAGAGGUGCUGGGUGGGUGUAUUGUUGGAAGCUGUCCUCUUGGGAUAUUUUGGUGGGCAGUGCGUGGCUUGGUUAUAUUCACUUUAGUUUCGGUAGUCAAAAAUACGUGGGCUGGAGGGGCUAGACAAUAUAAGAGAUGUUAUAUGC